GAAUCCACGCCCACGCAGGCGGCUUGCCUCGGGGCGCCCCUGCCGGUGGCCCCGGCCCCUGCGAGCGGCACAGGACCCUGCUCCGUGGCCCCUCCCGCGGAGGCCGCCGUGCCAGCCGUUGGGGUGGGACGCACGGCGCCGUGUGAGUCGGCCGCCGCCGCCGUGCCAGCCGUCGGCGUCGCCGCGGCCAGGGGCGGCCCGGCGGCGGCCGCAGCGGCCGCGGGCGGCGCCGCGGCCGCGCUGCCAUCGGAGGGCUCCUGCCUGGCGCCAGGGAGCAGCGUGGAGCUGCCUGGACUCCGAGGCAUCGGGAGCCUCGACGGCCAGCAGGGCAGGGUCAUCAUGGAUACAGAUUUGCGGGUGAGCGCCUCUGCGGUCGACGAUGAUGACUUGCUUGAGAGCGUCUCUGCGGUCAACGGCGACGCCUUUGCACGGGAGCCCUCCCGCAUCGGCAUGGAUGCGCGUCUUGCCGAGAGCGCCUCGGUGGUCGAUGGCGCUGCCUUCUCACAGGCGCCGUCCUGCGCGUCAAGGGUUACCCAGACAGUCGUGGACGACUCGGGUCAGAAGCCCGCCACCAUCGACCCGCAGGAGGCGGCGGCGAGGGUCUGUCGAAGUAUACGCGGGUCACCUCAAGACGCAGAUGAAGGACCGCAGCAGGACGCAGAUCCAGGCGACGAUCCCCUCUUCCACGGCGAGAAGAUCUUGCUGAUGACCAUCACGCGUAGCCCCAGAGAGUUCUUAGAGGCCUUGCGCGAAGGACCCGAGCUCGAGGCGAUCAAACUUAACAAACGGGCGGGGUUCAGCUGUCGCUACGAGGACACCCACAUCUUCGUGCACCCCAAGCAGUUCCUGCAAGUCAUGGCCCACAUCAAUCACAUGGAGAAGCAGAUGCGGCCAUAUCAUGUAAUCGCGUCUGAAACGUACGAGCCGCUCGUCAGGCUAGCUUUAAAGCGGCUGCGCUCUCGUCUUGAUGUGCGCCCGAAGCCGACACCCACGAGUCUGAUGACGUUGAGAAGGCCUUCGGACGGGCUUCCGCACAGUAUCGUGCCUGAUCCCUACGGCGACAGUAAAGAUCUCCUGACCGUGCAGAAAACGUUUUACACGAUAUCGGGGACGCGGACUAGGCAGCCGUGCGUCAAUUCAUCUCCAAGCGCGAGCAUCAACCCUCGAGUUGUUCCUUCGUCUGGCUGCUCGUAG